AUGGCUGAGGCAAUAGAGGAAAAUGCCAUCCAUUGUGAAAAUUGCAAUACACAAGUUAGCUUUGACGAUUGGUCACAACAUUCAAGAGAAUGUGUUUAUGGUGAAAAGAGUCCAAUUCAAGAGUCAGACAGAAAUAUCAUGAAUGAAUCUAAUACAAGUGGUAUUCCAUGCGAAUACUGUAAUGCUGAAAUAAGUGUCAAUGACUGGCAAUCUCAUUUAAGACAAUGUAUUGAUGAACAUGGAAAACGAAUUGAAAAAUUAAAAGAUGGUAUUCAUGAUGAUUCAAUAAUAGAACUUAUUCCAUGUGAAUACUGUGAUAAACAAAUUAAUAUACAUGAUUUGGAAUAUCAUUCAAGACAAUGUGCUAAUACUACUAAACGUGAUAGUAAUCAUAUAAAAAAUAAUGAAAAUGUAUCAAUGGAUGCACUUAUUCCAUGUGAAUAUUGUGGUGAUCAAGUUAAUAUAGAGGACUGGUCGUGGCAUACGGAACAAUGUCAAGAAGCUGAGAAACAACGAAUUGAAAAUCGAAUCAGACAAAAUGCACUAAUAUCAAAUGAUAUUCUUAUUCCAUGUGAAAUUUGUAAAGAAUCUUUUCCUUUUCAAGAUUUCGAAGCCCAUCAAACUGAAUGCCAACGUAAACAAGCUGCAUCAUUUUCAGCAGGAGCGGUCGGCAUUUUUCCUCUUCCAGAUUAUUGGGAUCAAUCAUCACUACAUAAUCUUUCUCGUUAUAUUCUUCAACCUAAUACAGAAGAAUAUAAAUUUGUUGCAGAUAAUUUUCACAAGACAUUACCAUCAAAUCAAAUUGUUCAAAUUGAACGAAUUCAAAAUCGACGUUGGUAUCGUCAGUAUGAUGCUCAUAAAGAUGAUUUUAUUGAAAGGUAUGGUACAAGUACAGAACAAUGGUUGUUUCAUGGAUGCAAAUCCCAAUCAGUCGACGCAAUUAUUAGUGAUUGCUUUAAUCGUAGUCAUGCAGUUCGCUGUGCUGCUGGUCAAGGUAUCUAUUUUGCAACUCACGCUAGUACAAGUCUUAGUUAUACACAACCAGAUUCGAACAAUCUUAGACAUAUGUUUAUGGCUCGUGUUUUAGUUGGCCAGACAACUGCAGGAAGUCAAUCAACACGUGUUUGCCCACCAGGUUUUGAUACGACAGGUGGAGGAACAAUGUUUGUUACUUAUCACGAUGCUCAAGCUUAUGGUGAAUAUUUAAUUGUGUUUAGAUGA